GGCUGCAUUGGCCACAGUCUGCCUACUGUCAGUGGCCUCUCCCGCGCAGACACACGUCCCGCCUCUGGUCCUGGUCGGCACAAAGACAGCCCGGCUUGGGGACGCUGGGGGGCCGCGCACGUGGGAACCCCGCUGGGCUAACGUCCAGGGACUUCUUCCUUGGAGCUGGUUCAUUCCAGGGUCUAAGUCUCUUCCACUGCGGAAAGAAUUGUUUCAAAAAGGUCAAGAACAACUCAUUUGGAUUCUACUAAUUCCCAGUUCUGCUGGGACACCCUAGGGGCCUAGAACCUCACAACACCUAGACAAAGCCACCUCCACCAUGGGGGCCUUGACUCAGCUAUUGGCGGGCAUGGUGCUAUCUUUACUUGCCCUCCAUACGGAAGGUGGGGUCCUCAAGAAAGUCAUCAGGCAUAAGCGACAGAGUGGGGUGAACAUCACCCUGCCUGAAGAGAACCAGCCAGUAGUAUUUAACCAUGUCUACAACAUCAAGCUCCCUGUGGGGUCUCAAUGUUCAGUGGAUCUGGAAUCACCCAGUGGGGACAAAGACCUAGCUCCUACAUCACAACCCAGUGAAAGCUUCCAAGAGCACACCGUGGAUGGGGAUAACCAAAUUGUCUUUACACAUCGCAUCAACAUUCCCCGCCGGGCCUGUGGCUGUGCUGCUGCUCCUGAUGUCAAGGAGCUCCUGAGCAGGCUGGAGGAGCUGGAAAGCCUGGUGUCAUCUCUACGGGAGCAAUGCACCAUGGGUGCAGGCUGCUGUCUCCAACCCGCCGAAGGCCGCCUGGACACCAAACCUUUCUGCAGUGGCCGGGGCAACUUCAGCACUGAAGGAUGUGGUUGUGUUUGUGAACCUGGCUGGAAAGGUGCCAACUGCUCUGAGCCCGAGUGCCCAGGCAACUGUCACCUUCAAGGCCAAUGUGUUGAUGGACAGUGCAUCUGUGAUGAGGGCUUCACCGGCGAGGACUGCAGCCAGGUGGCCUGUCCCAGUGAUUGCAACGACCAGGGAAGGUGUGUGAACGGAGUCUGUGUCUGUUUUGAAGGCUAUACCGGGGCUGACUGCAGCCAGGAGGUCUGUCCAGUACCCUGCAGUGAGGAGCACGGCACCUGCGUGGAUGGCAUGUGUGUGUGCCAGGAUGGCUUUGCCGGCGAUGACUGCAAUGAGCCCCUGUGCCUCAACAACUGCUACAACCGUGGGCGGUGCGUGGAGAAUGAAUGCGUGUGCGAUGAGGGCUUCACAGGAGAAGACUGCAGUGAGCUCAUCUGCCCCAACGACUGCUUCGACCGGGGGCGCUGUGUCAAUGGCACCUGCCACUGUGAAGAAGGCUUCACAGGUGAAGACUGUGGCAAACUCACCUGCCCGAAUGCCUGCCACGGCCAGGGCCGGUGUGAGGAAGGGCAAUGUGUAUGCGAUGAGGGCUUUGCUGGUGUGGACUGCAGCGAGAAGAGAUGUCCUGCCGACUGUCACAACCAUGGCCGCUGCACCAAUGGACAGUGUGAGUGUGAUGAUGGCUUCACGGGAGCUGACUGUGGGGAGCUCCAAUGUCCCAAUGGCUGUAAUGGCCAUGGCCGCUGUGUCAACGGGCAGUGCGUGUGCGACGAGGGCUACACUGGUGAGGACUGUGGCCAGCUGAGGUGCCCCAAUGACUGUCACAGCCGGGGCCGCUGCGUGGAGGGCAAGUGUGUGUGUGAGCAAGGCUUCAAAGGCUAUGACUGCAGCGAAAUGAGCUGCCCCAAUGACUGUCACCAACACGGUCGCUGUGUGAACGGCAUGUGCGUCUGUGACGAUGGCUACAUGGGGGAGGACUGCCGGGAUCUCCGAUGCCCUAGGGACUGCAGCCACCGGGGCCGCUGUGUGGAUGGGCAGUGUGUGUGUGAGGACGGCUUCACAGGCCCUGACUGUGCAGAACUCUCCUGUCCAAAUGACUGCCACGGCCAGGGGCGCUGUGUGAACGGACAGUGUGUGUGCCACGAAGGUUUCAUGGGCAAAUACUGCAAGGAGCGAAGAUGUCCCAGUGACUGUCACGGCCAGGGACGUUGUGUGGAUGGCCAGUGCAUCUGCCACGAGGGCUUCACAGGCCUGGACUGUGGUCAGCGCUCCUGCCCCAACGACUGCAGUAACUGGGGGCAGUGUGUCUCUGGUCGCUGUAUCUGCAAUGAGGGCUACACCGGGGAAGACUGCUCAGAGGUGUCCCCUCCCAAAGACCUCAUCGUGACAGAAGUAACAGAAGAGACUGUAAACCUGGCCUGGGACAAUGAGAUGCGGGUCACGGAGUACCUCAUCGAGUACACACCCACUCAUGCAGGUGGCCUGGAAAUGCAGUUCCGUGUGCCCGGAGAUCAGACUUCCACCAUAAUCCGAGAGCUGGAGCCUGGUGUGGAGUAUUUCAUUCGCGUGUUCGCCAUCCUGGAAAACAAGAGGAGCAUCCCCGUCAGUGCCCGGGUGGCCACAUACUUACCUGCACCUGAAGGCCUAAAGUUCAAGUCCAUCAAGGAGACAUCUGUGGAAGUGGAGUGGGAUCCUCUAGACAUAGCUUUUGAAACUUGGGAGAUUAUCUUCCGGAAUAUGAAUAAAGAUGAUGGAGAAAUCACCAAAAGCCUGAGGAGACCAGAGACCUCUUAUCGACAAACUGGUCUUGCUCCUGGACAAGAGUAUGAGAUAUCUCUGCACAUUGUGAAAAACAAUACCCGGGGCCCUGGCUUGAAGAGGGUAACCACCACCCGCCUAGAUGCCCCCAGCCAGAUUGAAGUGAAAGAUGUCACAGACACCACAGCCCUCAUCACCUGGUUCAAGCCCCUGGCCGAGAUCGAUGGCAUUGAGCUCUCCUAUGGUAUCAAAGACGUGCCGGGUGAUCGCACCACCAUUGACCUCACCCACGAUGACAACCAGUACUCCAUCGGGAACCUGAAGCCAGACACUGAGUACGAGGUGUCCCUCAUUUCCCGCAGAGGUGACAUGUCAAGCAAUCCAGCCAAAGAGACCUUCACAACAGGCCUAGAUGCUCCCAGAAAUCUCCGACGUGUUGCCCAGACAGACAACAGCAUCACUCUGGAAUGGAGAAAUGGCAAGGCAGCCAUUGACAGCUACAGAAUUAAGUACGCACCCAUCUCUGGGGGUGACCACGCAGAAAUUGAUGUCCCAAAGAGUCAACAAGCCACAACCAAAACCACACUCACAGGUCUGAGACCAGGCACAGAAUAUGGAAUUGGAGUUUCUGCUGUGAAGGAAGACAAGGAGAGUGAUCCAGCAACCAUCAAUGCAGCCACAGAACUCGACCCACCCAAGGACCUUAGGGUUUCUGAAACCACAGACACAAGUCUGACACUGCUCUGGAGGACACCGAUGGCCAAGUUUGAUCGUUACCGCCUCAACUACAGCCUGCCCACUGGCCAGCCAGUGGAGGUACAACUUCCGAAAAACACCACCUCCUACAUCCUGCGAGGCUUGGAACCAGGACAAGAAUACACCAUCCUCCUGACCGCUGAGAAGGGCAGACACAAGAGCAAGCCUGCACGGGUCAAGGCAUCCUCUGAACAAGCCCCUGAACUGGAAAAUUUCAUCGUGACUGAGGUUGGCUGGGAUAGCCUCAAACUCAACUGGACCGCAGCUGACCAGGCCUAUGAGCACUUUGUCAUUCAGGUGCAGGAGGCCAACAAGGUGGAGGCAGCCCAGAACCUCACGGUGCCCGGCAGCCUCCGGGCUGUGGACAUCCCAGGCCUCAAGGCUGCCACACCCUAUAGAGUCUCCAUCUAUGGGGUGAUCCAGGGCUAUAGAACACCAGUGCUCUCUGCUGAGGCCUUCACAGGGGAAACUCCCAACUUGGGAGAGGUCACGGUGGCCGAGGUGGGCUGGGAUGCCCUCAAGCUCAACUGGACUGCUCCGGAAGGGGUCUAUGAGCACUUUUUCAUUCAGGUGCAGGAGGCUGACACGCUAGAGGCAGCCCAGAACUUCACAGUCUCAGGAGUAUUGAGGUCUGUGGACCUACCUGGGCUCAAAGCAGCUACUCUUUAUAGCAUCACCAUUCGUGGGGUCACUCAGGACUUCAGCACCACCCCUCUCUCUGUUGAAGUCUCAACAGAGGAAGUUCCAGAUCUGGGAAACCUCACAGUGACUGAGGUUAGCUGGGACACCCUCAAACUGGACUGGACUGCACCAGAUGGGACCUAUGACCAGUUUACCAUUCAGGUCCAGGAGGCUUUUGAGGUGGAAGAUGCUCACAAUCUCACAGUUCCUGGCAGCCUGCGCUCCGUGGAAGUUCCAGGCCUCAGGGCUGGCACUCCUUACACAGUCACCCUGCAUGGCGAGAUCAGGGGACGUAGCACUAGACCCCUUGCUGUCGAGGUCAUCACAGAGGAGCUCCCCCAGCUGAGAGACUUAACCAUGACUGAGGUUGGCUGGGACGGCCUCAAACUCAACUGGACCACAGCUGACCAGGCCUAUGAGCACUUUGUCAUUCAGGUGCAGGAGGCCAACAAGGUGGAGGCAGCCCAGAACCUCACGGUGCCUGGCAGCCUCCGGGCUGUGGACAUCCCAGGCCUCAAGGCUGCCACACCCUAUAGAGUCUCCAUCUAUGGGGUGAUCCAGGGCUAUAGAACACCAGUGCUCUCUGCUGAGGCCUUCACAGCCAAAGAACCUGAAAUUGGAAACUUAAGUGUUUCUGACAUAACUCCUGAAAGCUUCAAUCUCUCCUGGACAGCUACCGAUGGGAUCUUCGAGACCUUUACCAUUGAAAUUAUUGAUUCCAAUAGGUUGUUGGAGACGGUGGAAUAUAAUAUCUCGGGUGCUGAGAGAACCGCUCAUAUCUCAGGGCUACCCCCUAGUACUGAUUUUAUUGUCUACCUCUCUGGACUUGCUCCCAGCAUCCGGACCAAAACCAUCAGUGCCACAGCCACCACAGUAGCCGAACCUCUCCUUAGCCACCUCACUGUCUCGAACGUGACCUGGGACAGUGUGUCCAUCUCGUGGAAAGCUCGGGAGUCUGCCUUUGAUAGCUUUCUUAUAGAAGUUAGUAAUUCUGAGCAACCCCAGGAGACGGUGGUGCAUUCUGUGCCUGGGGCAUUUCGCAACUCUGUUAUCACCAACCUCAGAGCUUCUUCUAAUUAUACUGCCCACCUUCAUGGGCUGAUUGGUGGGCAACAUGCUCGGACCCUGAUGGUGCAAGCAACCACAGAGCCAGAGCCACAGUUGGGCAUGCUAAUCCUUAGCAAUAUUACUCCCGACAGCUUCAACGUGUCAUGGACCACUCAAGCUGGGCUUUUUGCAAAGAUUAUAAUCAAUGUGAGCGAUGCUCACUCAUUACAUGAAUCCCAGCAACUUACAAUCUCAGGAGAUGCACAGCAAGCUCACAUCACGGGCUUGGUGGAGAACACGGGCUAUGACGUUAGUGUGGCAGGGACCACCUGGGCUGGGGACCCCACCAGACCCCUCACUGCCUUUGUCGUCACAGAGGCUCUGCCCCUUCUGGAAAACCUAACCAUUUCCGACAUUAAUCCCUACGGGUUCACAGUUUCCUGGAUGGCAUCGGAGAAUGCCUUUGACAGCUUUCUAGUAACCGUGGUGGAUUCUGGAAAGCUGCUGGACCCCCAGGAAUUCACACUUUCAGGAACCCAGAGGAAGCUGGAGCUUAGAGGCCUCAUAACAGGCAUUGGCUAUGAGGUUAUGGUCUCUGGCUUCACCCAAGGGCACCAAACCAAGCCCUUGAGGGCUGAGAUUGUUACAGAAGCAGAACCAGAAGUUGACAACCUUCUGGUUUCAGAUGCCACCCCAGACGGUUUCCGUCUGUCCUGGACAGCUGAUGAAGGGGUCUUCAACAAUUUUGUUCUCAAAAUCAGAGAUACCAAAAAGCAAUCUGAGCCACUGGAAAUAACCCUACUUGCCCCUGAACGUACCAGGGAUAUAACUGGCCUCAGAGAGGCCACUGAAUACGAAAUUGAACUCUAUGGAAUAAGCAAUGGAAGGCGAUCACAACCAGUCAGUGCUAUAGCAACAACAGCCAUGGGUUCCCCAAAGGACAUCAUUUUCUCAGACAUCACUGAAAACUCAGCCACCCUCAGCUGGAUGGGCCCCACUGCCCAGGUGGAAAGCUUCCGGGUUACCUAUGUGCCCAUUACAGGAGGUACACCCUCAAUGGUAACUGUAGAUGGAACCAAAACUCAGACCAGGCUGGUGAAGCUCAUUCCUGGCAUGGAGUACCUUGUCAGUGUCAUCGCCAUGAAGGGCUUUGAAGAAAGUGAGCCUGUCUCAGGGUCAUUCACCACAGCUUUGGAUGGACCAUCCGGCCUGGUGACAGCCAACAUUACUGACUCAGAAGCACUGGCCAUGUGGCAGCCAGCCAUUGCCGCUGUGGACAGUUAUGUCAUCUCUUACACAGGGGAGAGAGUGCCAGAAAUUACACGCACAGUGUCCGGGAACACAGUGGAGUAUGCUCUGACUGACCUUGAACCUGCCACAGAAUACACGCUGAGAAUCUUUGCCGAGAAAGGACCCUUGAAGAGCUCAACCCUCAUCACCAAGUUCACAACAGACCUUGAUUCUCCGAGAGAUUUGACUGCUACUGAGGUUCAGUCAGAGACAGCUCUACUCACAUGGCAACCUCCCCGGGCAUCAGUCACUGGGUACCUCCUGGUCUAUGAAUCCGUGGAUGGUACAGUCAAGGAAGUCAUUGUGGGUCCAGAAGCCACCUCCUACAGCAUGGCAGACCUGAGCCCAUCCACCCACUACACAGCCAAAAUCCAAGCACUGAAUGGACCCCUGAGGAGCAAGUUGAUCCAGACCACCUUCACCACAAUUGGACUCCUAUACCCAUUCCCCAGGGACUGCUCCCAAGCAAUGCUGAAUGGAGACACGACCUCUGGACUCUACACCAUUUAUCUGAAUGGCGAUAAGGCCCAGGCACUGGAAGUCUUCUGUGACAUGACCUCUGAUGGGGGUGGAUGGAUCGUGUUCCUGAGACGCAAAAAUGGACGUGAGGACUUUUAUCGAAACUGGAAAGCUUAUGCUGCUGGAUUUGGCGACCGUAGAGAAGAAUUCUGGCUUGGGCUGGACAACCUGAGCAAAAUCACAGCCCAAGGGCAAUACGAGCUUCGGGUGGACCUGCAGGAUCAUGGGGAGACAGCCUUUGCCGUCUAUGACAAGUUCAGUGUGGGAGACGCCAAGACUCGCUACAGGCUGAAGGUGGAGGGUUACAGCGGGACAGCAGGUGACUCCAUGGCCUACCACAAUGGCAGAUCUUUCUCCACCUUCGACAAGGACACAGACUCGGCCAUCACUAACUGUGCCCUAUCCUACAAGGGGGCUUUCUGGUACAAGAACUGUCACCGUGUCAACCUGAUGGGGCGAUAUGGGGACAAUAAUCACAGUCAGGGUGUUAACUGGUUCCACUGGAAGGGCCACGAAUACUCAAUCCAGUUUGCUGAGAUGAAACUUAGACCUAGCAACUUCCGGAAUCUCGAAGGCAGGCGCAAACGAGCAUAAAUUCCAGUGACACAUGGGUGAGAGAGGAAUAAGGCCCAGAGGAAGGAAGGGUUUUUACCAAAGCAUCAGUACAACCAGUACAACCAGCAGUCCACACCUGGGCAUUUGCAAGAGUCAAAGCUGACCACGGGUCACCAGGGCCAACAGCAACAGCACUGGCCUUACCUUUUCUGCGAUUGCGUCCUUCGCACCAAAGACAACCGACUCCAACAGGUUUCUGUUUUGUUGUUUGAUUCAGUGAAAAUCUUCCAGUGACAACAUCACAGUGGUUUUUAUUUCUUUGGGGUGGCUCUGGAAUUGGGAGAGGGGGGUAGUCUGUACAGUGGUAGUUUGUUUUAGAACCAGCCGUAUUUUACACAAAGCUGUAUAAUUCAUUAUCGUUAUUUUUGUUAGCAAAGAUUAAAUGUGUGUCAUUGAAAGUCAUCCCCCUUUUUUUUUUACAUUUGAUACAUCAGAACCCAGAAAAGCAAUACUGUUUGAUUUUAAAAAUAUGAUUAAUAUUAUUAAUAUAAUAAUGAUGAUGAUGAUGAAAACUAAGGAUUUUUAAGAGUCUCCUUUCCCAAAAGCAUUUGAACAGUACCUGAUUGUAUUUUUUUUUUUUUAAUAAAAGCACAAGUACUUUUGA